GGUAAUUUGUCAAACAGCAUUCAAAUCUGGAGUGUGCUGUGAUGAUGAGAGACAACCCAAACAAUUGUUGGAAUGAUCACUCUGUCGGAGAAAAAAGGAAAUAUUUCGUUACUUUCAAGUGAACGCAGCUGGUUGCCGUGGUGACGAGCGCCUUCCGCCGGAAGUGACGUCGGGGGUGGGAUAAGCUGUCAGCUGGACCGGAAGUGUCGGCGCGAUGGCGGAGGUGGAAGCGGCGGGGGCCGGGACCGAGACUGGAGGCAGCUCCGACUCUGGGAACGCAACGGGGAGCGGGAGCGGGUGGCGGCGGCCCCACGGUCCGCUCCAGCGGUAUUAUGGACCGUCUGCGGCCGAAGCGGCAGAGACAGACCUGGACCCUGCUGAUAUCAACGGGCCCCACUUCGACCCGGAAGUUUUUCUCACCAAGGUGCGCAGUGAGUGUCGCCUGGGGGAGUUGUUGUCCCGUGAAGCUACACUGGGGCGGGAGAUCCGUGCUCUCGACAGUGACAUGCAAACACUGCUCUAUGAGAACUACAACAAGUUCAUUUCUGCCACAGACACUAUCCGAAAGAUGAAGGUUGACUUCCGGCGCAUGGAGGCAGAGAUGGAUGAUUUGGCCUCCAACAUGGCAGCCAUCAGUGCCUCCAGUGCCCGUGUCAGUGCUGCACUGCAGGACCGGCACCGCCGCGGUGCUCAGCUGGCUGGGGUGCAGGCGCUGCUGCGGAAGCUGCAAUCCCUCGUGGAGGUGCCAGGGCGGCUACGGCGGUGGGCAACACCAGGAGCUGAUCCUGCACGGGCCCUGCACUGCUACGCCCGUGCCCGUGCUGUGCUGCGCCACUACCGCCACCUGCCUUCCUUCCGUGCCAUCGAGGAUGAGAGCCACGCCAUCAUGGCUGAGCUGGCCCAGCGCCUCCGUGCACACCUCCGGGAUGACACCUUGGACCCGAAGGAACUCACUGAGUGUGUGGAGAUGCUGCUGCAGCUGGAGGAACCACCCGAGGAGCUGUGCGAGGAGUUCCUGAGCCAGGCUGGUGCCCGCCUUGAGGCUGAGCUGGCGGCGCUGGAGGCUGAGCUGCCCCCAUCUGACCCCUCUGGCACUGCUUCCACACCACCUCCCGCCACCGACAUCCUUGACUUUGUUGACCGCGGCAGCUCAGCCUUUGUGAGCAACCUGUGCCUCCUUGCAGCUUCAUACCGCAGCCUCUUUGAGGGGCACCCUGGGGCUGGGGAUGGCCGCCUGGAGGCCUUUGCCUCCACCCUCACCACCCGCUACUUCGAGCUGCUGGAGCGACGCCUGGCCCUGGAGCGAGGUCUGGGUGACACGUCACUGUUGGUGCGGGCACUCGACCGUUUCCAUCGCCGCCUCCGUGCUCUCCUGGAGCUGCUGCCCGCAGCCGGGGCUGAAGCAGGUGCUGCACUGGUGGCCCGAGCAGCGCGUGAACGGGUGGCCCGCUACCUGCGGGCACUGCAGACCUUCUUUCUGGGGUGCCUGGGUGAUGUGCGCCAGGCGCUGGCUGCACCCCGACCUCCUGGUAAGGAUGGCCCUGGACUGCCUGACCUCUUGGCCACGCUCUCUUCCUCCGUUCUUGGUCAGCUCAAGGCCGUCCUGGCCUAUGUGCAGCUCUUCACUGCCAGGGAUGUUGCAUUUGCCAGCCUGCCCUACUUCAAGGGGGAGUUCUGUGUCGAGGCAGUGCGUGAAGGGCUGGUGGUGGCCUUCGUGCGCUGGCUCUGCCGUACUGCUCGGGGCUUUGCUGACAGCCCAGCUGAGCGAGGUGCCCCUGCAGCACCCCCAGCACUCCUGCUGCUCCUUGCCCGUCUCUGCCUUGACUACGAAGCCACUACCGUCAGCUACAUCCUCACUCUUACUGAUGAGCAGUUCCCUCCAGAGGACACAGGGCCAGCAGUGACGCCAGGGCCAGCGCUGUGUGCCGAGGCACGGGGAGCGGCGCAGCGGCUGCUCGACCACUACGUACAGGUCCAGGGAGCUGCGGUGGCACAGAUGCUGCGGAAGAGCGUGGAGACACGGGACUGGCUGGGCACCGUCGAGCCCCGCAAUGUCCGUGCUGUCAUGAAGCGUGUGGUCGAGGACAUCACUGCUAUCGACGUCCAGGUGGGGCAGCUCCUUGAGGAAGGAGUGCGGCGGGCGCAGAGCAGUGACUCGAGCCGACGUGCCUUCUCUGUGUACAGCAGCUCACGGGCACCGGGACGCUAUGCCCCCAGCUACACUCCCAGCGCCCCCAUGGACACCCACCUGCUCAGCAACAUCCAGAAGCUCUUCUCCGAACGCAUUGACAUCUUCAGCCCUGUUGAGUUCAACAAGGUGUCAGUGCUGACAGGGAUCAUCAAGAUCAGCCUGAAGACACUGCUGGAGUGCGUGCGGCUGCGAACUCUGGGGCGCUUUGGGCUGCAGCAGGUGCAGGUGGACGGCCACUACCUACAGCUCUACCUCUGGCGCUUUGCUGCUGAUGAGCGUGUGGUGCAGGGGCUGCUGGAUGAGGUGGCUGCCAGUGCUGCCCACCGCUGCCUUGACCCUGUCCCUAUGGAGCACAGCGUCGUUGAGCUCAUCUGUGAGCGUGGGUAGGACCUGAGGGCACCUGAGGACAUGGGUAGAUGCACAGCCUAGAAAACACGAGCAAAAGCAAAACACAAAGGAAAAACGGUCUAAAACCAGUGCUUUAUUUACAACUGCUAAAGCAAAUUGAAAUUGCCAUCAUUGUGAAGAUCAGACCGUUCUGGUGGCACUUCAUCAUAAGUCAUCAGCUUCAGAAUGGACAAGAGUUGGGAGCUGCCACAUUUAAAGGAAGCAGUAGUAAGAACCAAAUGAAGUCACUGCUGCCUCCUUUUCUACCCGCCUUCCCUGCACAUCCUUUCUCAAACUUGAAAAAAAAAGACACCUACUCCAGCUACAGUAGGACUUAGUGCUUUGACAUAGCACAACAAAGGUCAACACUGUCUAUUUCUGUCUGGACCUGGAUUAGUCCAAAGCCAAAGGAAACUUGCAGCCAUUGAUGAAUAUAGGCUCAUUAGAGAGGAGGAAGACUGAAACAGGAGUGGGAACGUGUCAGUUCUGCAGAGGUUACUGGAGGACAAGAAGGCCAAAUAAGCAGAGACUUGCAGCAGGGAAAACCAGAACGUGCAAGUAUUUGGUACAGAAAACAGAUGAGAUAAAACAGUGCUUUUGUGCAGCUGCUUUGUAGAGUCAGAGCAGGAGGCUUCUGCAGUGGAGGUUUGUCUCGUGUGAGAAAGAGCUUUUUGUUUCUGGUCUUUCCCCGAACAGACAUAGUGUUUUUAAAGUUAUAAAUCUCUUACUGGAAUUAGAGGCAGCCUUGAAUAAUUCAGCUAUGGAAGAACACAGCUAGGGUGUACCGCAAGUGAGAUGCUGAUUAGCCCAAUGCAAAGACAGAGAAGGGAAAGGAACUUUUAUUUUCCAGCUACCACGCUGCAUUGCACGUUUGUGGGGAACACUUGUUUUGCAAACCGAACUGGUUGGGGUGUGCUUUGCCACAUGCCUGACACCAGCACUGCAGAAAGGACUCCGCAAAGCAAGUUAAUUGUUUCUUAGGUUGCCUCCUAUAUUAAUAAAUAAAUCCCUUAACCUUUGGAU